AGGAAAGAUUACCCCAUUUGUUAUCUCACAAUUUCUUACUCCUAACAAUGAUGAAAAAGCCAAGUUUAGCCACCUUUUCCUCAAAUCCAAAGCAUUCUAGCAAAUAUGGUGUUAGAUCUAUUAGUUUACCAACUAGAUCACAUCCAACCACACUUCAAAUCGAAGAAGAACUAACCAAACUCAAAUCAUGGGAAACAUCAUCCUCAUCAAAAUCCGAAACAAUUUGUUUUGGUCUCUCUGGCCUUACAAAACUCUACAAAUGCAUAGAAGAGCUUCUAAAAUUGCCAUUAACACAACAAGCAUUAUCUCAACACAAAAACGAGAAAUGGGUUGAUGAGUUACUAGAUUCUCCUCUAAGAUUCUUGGAUCUCUUGAGCAAAACAAGAGAUGAAAUUUUGUCAUUGAAAGGAAAAGUUGAAGAGCUUCAAUCUGUUCUUAGAAGGAGAAAAGUUGGUGAUUCCGAUAUGGAGAACCAUGUUGCUGAAUAUUGGAGUUUGAGGAGGAAAAUGAGAAAGGAAUGUACAAAAUCACUUCUUUUGUUGAAACAAAUUGAUGGGUCAAUAGGGUCAUCAUUUUUUUCACUAGAUCUUAAUAAUCACUUAUGUGCGGUUGUAAAAGUGCUUAUUGAAGCUAGUUUGAUGACUAGCUCGGUUCUUCAAUCACUUGUUGUGUUUCUUUCUUCACCAAUUUUGAGAUCAAAGGUUAAUAAAUGGUCCUUGGUUUCAAGGUUGAUGCAGAAGGGUGUGUUUGGUUGUGAGAAUCAACAUGAGAAUAAUAUAAAUGAGUUGGAAAAAGUUGAUUUUGGAGUUAGUGGUUUGGUUAUGGAGAAGAUUCAAUCUGCACAUGGAAGGUUGGAAGCUUUGGUUGUGGCUAUUGAAGGGAUUGAAAGUGGAUUAGAAUGUUUGUUUAAGCGAUUAAUUAAUACUCGUGUGUCUUUCUUAAAUAUUGUUUCUCCUUAAUGUGAUAUUAUAUAGUAUAGGGAAGACAUUUACAAAGGUAGAGAUUAGAUAUAGUUUUGUACUUUAUGUUAUACAUUAUGAAUCUUGAUGUUUUUUGUUUUU